ACUUUUGAUGAUUGAAUGUCAUCAAAAAAUACAUUGUUCAAAAUAUGUGACAUAUACAGUAUCUAUUAUUAAUAGUAUUUAAAAGACUAGUGAGUUUUAAACUGCUAACACUGUGGAUCGUUUUUAUGUGAAGGGAAUAUAAAAAAAAGAAGUACAAAAUAAGUACUUUUAUCGCCUCCAUACGCUGAAGAGUGUAAAAAGUUUCAAAGACAGGAAAUGGAAUACGAAACUACGUCUAAUCGAAUGCUAACAAAAUUAUAUGGAACUUUGAAUACUGUGUUAGUGGUUUGAAGUAGAACUUAACCUGCAUAUUCCGAAAUUGGAUUGAAGAUGAGUUGGUACAAUCAGAUGAUGAAGUCGCAGGAGUUGGCGCGUGAGCGUAAUCGCCGCGAGGAGAGACGCCAGCAGGGUGAGAAGUACGGGCCUCAGUUUGUAGCAAAAUAUCAUCUUGCAGCUCUAGAUAAAGAGAAGAAAAUAAUUGAAAAGGAGCUAGAAAGAAUACGUAAAGGCAUUCAUAGACCACCGAAAUUAGAUGACCAUGUACAUAACAAAGCAAACCAUAUCUUGACCGUUCCUUCCGCGCACUUUCGGGAGUCAAAACAUCACAACCAGACAAUAAACCCGGAAUAUUCUAAAGAAGAAGACCAUUUGUAUGACGCCAUUUUGUUUCUUCAAAAUAAUCCUUCCGCGUUAGUGCCAAUUCUUAGCGCGCAUGCGCAAAGUGAUGCGUAUUUAGAAACUCUCGAAAGGAUUACACCAAGACUCACAAAUGACGCUCCACCUAACACAUCUUUUGUGCCAAAAUAUCUUAAAGAACAUGCAUCGAAGUCUGAAAAGGCGGACCUAGUAAAUAAGUACACGGCGUUAUUACAUAGACAUAGUCCUAUUCUAAGACGCAACAGUCCGCUAGCGUCUAGAAAGAAAAUAGAUAGCCCAGUAACACAUAGAGACAGUCCCCUUCUUCAUGAUGCUACACCUAACGAAUUAAGCAUUGAAAAACUGUCAGAUCGCGAUGUUGUUGAUGCAAAAAGAGAUUCAAACGACGGUUCAGCAACACAAAGGUCUGCAUUUUUGACAGAACAACCAAACGAGUGCCAACCAGAAGCCCCUGUACCUUCCACUACUCCACGAGCAAGACAUCCAAUUUCUAUUGCAAAACUUGCAGACGACGGGAUGGCAAGCGCACGUGAGAAUGUUUCCCGACGAUUGUCAAGCAGCCAAAACGAUGCCAAUAGUAACGCCCAGUCGGUCGAUAGAUUUCCGCCCUCAGACGAGUCUCAGACAACAUCAGAUGAUAAAAAAUCAAGACUUAAGGCUGUUGUGAUGUUUCCAUCCGUUGACCCGGAAGUGUAUAAUCCAGAUGGUACCCUACGCACGUGCCUCAACAUGCCGGAUUUCGAUACACGCUAUGAGGAAGCCAAAAAAGCUAGAUAUUGCCGAACAAAAUAUACGCUUGAUCGCGAAAAAGAACUCUCUGUUCAAGAGAUAUUUGAAAAACCAAAUGCAAGGCAGUCCCCAGAUUUCUCGAAAGGGGGUGCAGGGGAGAGUUUCGGAAGGGAUCUUCCCUCCCGUAAGUCAGAAUUAAUUUAAAAUGUCGGAACUAUUUUGUUGGGAUCCAGUUCAUUCAGGUCAUUUCCUUUUGAUUGUACACUCUGUGAUUCCAAAACAACUGAAGCAGGGAAACAAGUCUACUAGUGUGCAGUUUGUAUAUAACCUUUUUUAGAAAUACUGUAUCUGAAAAAUUAACAGACGUUUACUGGGAAGAAACGCCGAAUCAUCUUUUGAUUUUAUACGAAAACUUUGGCCACUGUUGAAAGUGUUAUGGCUGUUUGAAGAAAAUGACUGGCCUUGGAGGAAGCCAUUUUAGGAUAUAUGGCGUCAUAAACAUAUUGCUGAAUAAUUUAUUUUUUAGAUAUUCUUUUUAACAGAAUAAUGUCUUUUCUUUCGUUGUGGUUGGAAAAUGUAGAUUAAUCAUUUUUGUUCACUGUUAAAGAAAUACAGCUCAAACAAAAAUCUAGCAAUGAAUAAAAUCCGCCAGUUUGUUUACUUUAAGUUUCAUGGAAACAAAACGACUGCCAUAAUGAUCAAAUUUGAAGUGUUCUCAUUUU